CUUUUCUGGUAUUGCUUGGUAACCAAGAUUGAGAAAAGCAUGGUUCACACACCGGUGAGGUUAACAGUUAUUUGGUUUAACAUUUGCUUGUUUGUGACUCUUUGAUCUUAUUUACUAAUUAAUCACAAAUUAACAUGGCUCAAUUAGGCAAAAGAUUACUUCCUCUGUUUGACCGCGUGUUGAUUGAACGAUUUGUUCCUGAGGUUAAAACCAAAGGUGGAAUCAUGAUUCCUGAAGCUGCUGCAGGCAAAGUCAACUCUGGUACUGUUGUAGCUGUUGGUCCUGGUGGAAGAACCGAUGAUGGUAAAACUGUAGCCCCGGCUGUGAAAGAAGGUGACAAAGUAUUGCUUCCAGAAUAUGGUGGACACAAAAUUGAAUUCAAUUCAAAGGAAUACUACCUUUUCCGUGAGAAUGAAAUUCUCGGCAAAUGGUCGGAAUAAACUACCCUCAAUCUAGAUUAAACUUGCAUUUACAUCAAUUCAUCUAUUAGAGCUAGUUUUUUUCUGUUGACCGGUGCGAUUGUAGUCAUUUCAAUUCUUUGUUAGAAAAGAUUGCUCUUCUCGUAAAGAAUUAAUAGUUUAUUUUUCUUUUUUGUACGAUUUAAGUAGGCAAUUGCGUUGAAAUUCAAUACGAUAGUCUAUAUGGUUAGUGUCUAUUCAUUUCAACCAAUUAAGUUAAACAAUUAUGUAAACAAAUUGCCAUUUUCAAAUAAAAUUACAUUUUCCUAGA